UUCAUAUUUUCUCUCUGUAUUUUUCUUUAUUUCCAAUAACUUGGAUCACCGCUUCGAUCGAAGGAAGACGAAGAAACCUGAUGAGUACAAGCAAGCGAGAGAGAGAAUAGAUCGAGAUUGAAGGCCUCAGCGCAUGCCUUCUCUCUUGUUCAGAAAACUGGAAAGCAUAUAUACUCUCCCCCACAACUGGAAAGCAUAUAUACUCUCCCCCACAAAGAGCAUAUACAAUCUCCCCCACAAAAGAGCAUAUAUACUCUCCCCCACAAAGAGUAUAUAUAAGCCACUGGCUUCCUUAUUGCAAGAAAUAAUUCAAGAUUGAGCCAAGUUCCCGAGAAAUUCAAGAUUGAGCCAAGGUCCGAUCCCCGACCGGCAGCUUAUUUUCGUUCAGGCUCUCAACCACUCAACUUCUCUUCGAGACUCCAACUCACUGACUCUCACUCUCCAUUAUCUGUGUACACUUGUUUUCAUAUUUCGCGACGCCACCACCAUGAGUGCUUCCUCGAGUAUCAAUCCACCCCCAAAAAUGCCUACAUGCCUCACAUGCAAGAUCCCUCUUCACCACAAGAAAGACGAAGAUGGGAACAUAAUCAGACGCUUUUUGAGGAAAGUUGGAGAUGAGGACAUAUUCACACACAUUUUUAAAUGUGGCCGUUGUGGGGCCGAAUGUCCACCGAAUAUGACUUGGGAGGAGAAAAUGUGGGAGGCUGAGAUGGAGAGAAGAAGAUGGGAGGAGGCCAAAAGAGUACUCCAAAAUAUAGACCCUAAAGUCGAAAUGAUUUGUCCCCAUUGUGGUCAUAACAAAGCUUCGUAUAAGACGCUUACUAAUAACAGGGGAGAAGAUUGGUACGUUUACAAGUGCUGCAAGUGCUCCGAAACAUGGAAGGACUAGUAUGGCGCAUGUAUCAUCCGGUUUGAAAUAGACUCGUUUGAAAUAGAUGCAUAGACAUUUGGGUCUUAAGCCCUUAACUGUUUGUUUUCAUGCGUGGUUUGACAUCUGGGUCUUAGGACCCUUCAUUUGGUUUGUAUGCGUAGUUUGACAUAUGGGUCUUAGGGCCCUUCGUUAUUUGUUUUAUAUUUCUUCGUGCUUGUUUUAAAAAGUCUAUUGGUUAAUUAUUACUCUUUGUCUAA